CUUACUGUGCCCCCUUGGCUUUUACUCCUUAUGCAAGACUUUUUGUGUCUGUGUGAAUAUUCCCAUGGCUACAGUGGGAGCUUUUCCCAAGAUGUACGUACCCGAUAAAUCAGACGUACAUAGCGCGAGUUUCUUUUCAUCACUUUCCACCCAUCCGGACAGGAUGGAAAAUGCCGGGAAAAAUUGCAAUUUUCUCGUGAAAAGAGCGACAUUUGCAAUGCUUCUCUUCAUCGAAGAUUUUUGCAUUGUCUUUGGAGGUGUUGGGUGAUUUACAGCAUGUUUAUUUCGCGAUGGAAACCCACGAUUAUUCCGUUGAAUAUUGUAUUAUGUAUAUGAAUUUAAUUAAUUUCGACUGUGUAGGCCGCUUCUUGGCAGCCUCGCCACCACCUUCACACUAUCAUUUUGUAGCUUUUUCCUCUCACUCCCUCUCGCACUGAUCUCGUUUUCUUUUAUCCAUUCAUGCACAAGAAUUCAGACUGGAAUUCACACACAUAUUUCUAUUUUUAAGAAUCUUUUCCAAUCAUAUUAUAAAUCGAAUGUGCGCGCGUGAUCAACAAUGCGGCAACUGAUUUCUCAACUCUCAGGAAGCAAUUCAAACAACAACGAAAAAAGAUAAAGAAAAAAGUCGUCCACACACUAUUAAUUAUGGGCAAGUAGAGAGAGAGCCCCAGUAUUAAAAAAAAAUACAAAAUUCCACACAAUUCCUCAACUACACACCACCUUUUGAAAAAAAAAAACUAUACGCACCAUGAUGCGAAAUCAUCAAUAUAUCGUGGGUGAGAGCACAGAGAGACCAUCAACACAACAGAAGAGAUAUCUUUCAUUAUUGCUUGGUCAGGUGAAACCACUUGUGUGCACUUAUUAGUAAUUGAAGUUUGACUAAUGGACUCUUGAAAUGUUUUCUUAAAUUGAAAUUGAUUAUCAGGUUAUUCACCUUUUUCUCGCGCCGCCUUUUUCCCUCGCGAGCUCAUCUCUCAAUUUUUUUUAACCAAUUCCAAUGAUGGUCAAUUGAUGAGAUUUUGUGGGCACCAUACUACGAGAAAAAAAAACCUACGCGAGAGAUUAUUCUGCAAAAUUUUAUAAUAUUAACCCACACAAUUGAAAAAGAUUUUUAUUCAAAGUGCCGAAGAAUAAUGGAAAAUCUUACAUUUUUCUUUAGAAUUCUGGAAAAACUUAAUUUUUUACUUUUUUGAAUAAAUAUCGGUUAGUAAUGAAUUCAAGAGGAGAAAAAUAUUAUUUCUCUAAUCGAAAUACAGUGGACGAAAUUUAAAUAGGUCCAGUCAGUUUUUGCUUGAUUUUGGUCAAACGAUUUGGAACACCUGAACCAAAAUCAAUCAAAAAGAAUAGUCUACAUCCUUUAUAGCAAUUAAAAAUUAACAAACAAAUGAAAUUCAGAGUAAUAUAACCCUUGGAGGAUCGAGAUUUCUAAUCUCAAGAACUUGACCUUAAUUUUCUCUCAAAAGAAAAUAUUUUUCCAAGUUUUCUUUCGUCGAUCUUGAGCUUCCCUAUACACAGAUGUAAAAUUUAUCACGCAAUGUUAAAUAGAUUUUAAUUCUGUGGCGAAUGAAAAAUGUUAAAUUGGCCACUUUGGCCAGCAAAAUCCUUAGAAAGAAUUUUUAGAAAGAAUUUUUCUAUUAACCCUAUCGCUUCCACAUGAAACAUUGAAAUAUUUAAACAUUCGAUCUUUUCAUCAUGCUUUCAGAGAAUAUUUCUCUCUCAGAAUUGGUCCAAUUUAUUUAAAUUCAACGUAUUUCCGUCUGGGAAAAACAAAUUAAAUUCUUUAAAAUUCCAGAAAGUAAAAUGUGAUACAUUUGAGUCAAAAUAUAACUCAAAGAAUGCGCAAAAGGGUUAAUAUUCUAAGCAGACUUUAUUUUUAUUUGUUAAAAUUUUAGACAAGAGAAGAGUCUUCUUUUUCUUACAAUUCAGAAGUAUUAAGGAAUUAGACAAUUUGUGUUUUUAAUUAGUUCUAAUGUUAAAUUACUUUUAAAAAAAUUAAUUUGAUUUCUUUUAUUUUUUAAGGGAUCUAAAGGGAUCGAUUCUGUUAAAAAUCCUCAUUUUUUUAAAGUAGAACUAAUCAGCAAGGAAAUUUCCUAUAAGAAUGACUUAUUGAGGAAAUUUUCUUGUCCUUGGGGAAUCCUGCAGAUAAGGAUUUAUGCAAAUUGACUUUUUUUACCCCGGUCUCCCCUAAAAAGAUUUGAAGUUAUUCUAUAAAGAAUUUUAAAAGAUUUUGAGUGUGCUUCAUUCUUUAAUCGUAUUUUUAAAGAAAAAUACGUAAAGAUUUUUGACAGAAUCGCCCCGAUAAACUGUAAAAAAUAUUAAAGUUUUGCUUUAAAGAAGAACACAAAGCAUAAUAAAAUUUCCUUGCCUGCUAAAAUUUUUACUACUUAUCAACCUCCUUUUGUGUUUUGAGAUGAAAAAAAAAACUAAUAAUGUAACAAUGUUUUAAUUCACAUCGACACUCGAGCAAAUAAUGAGAAUUACUAACGUGAAAUUUUAUUAUUUCACCCAAGAGACCUAUUCACAACAUUGCCCGGGAAAGUUGUCUAAAUUAUCACUCAACUAAAAAUUACAUUGGCGGUGAAAUUAUAUUAAUAAAAACACAAUUUCUUCCGACACAAAAACAGAGAUCUUUUUUUUCUGUAUUCUUCUUGCCGUGAUCUUGUUUAGCCUGCGCGAGUACGACAUUCCGUGCGCCAGGUUAUUGAAUUGAAAUUUUUAUGUUCCUCCUGCCGAAAUUAAAUCAACGCAACUUUCAAAUUUUUCAAGAUGACCAUUUUUUUCUGUUCAUGAGGUGUUAAUCGCCUUUUCUUGCUCGUUAAUUUCUUGUCUUCAGUGCACCUUUCUUUGACAUUGCAGAGAUUGGUUGUUUUAUUGGAAUUUAAAAAAAAAUCAAAAUGGCGGACUUGUGUAGAGUCGCUUGAAGAUUUAUUUUUUUAUGGCGGGACAAUGUCUCCAAAAAGUGAAAAGGAAUUUUUUCUACUAUGCAUUUUAUUACUUUCAAACCAAGAAAAAAACGGAAAGUAUUUUUGAUUGAAUUAUUGAGGGGAAUUUGCAUAAAAAAAAUCACAGAAAUUCCAUUUUAAUAAACAAAGCCUAAAUAGAGAAAUUUCCACGACAAAGUUGUCAAUUUGUAAACUUUUAAAAAAUACUUAAGUUUAUGGGUUGUCUUUUAAGUGAUAGUUUUUGCAUUUUUCCUUUUGCCAAUUACAAUAAUUGAUUGGGUGGAACUUUUCUCACACAAGGCAUUCAAUAAAAACAGAAAAAAAGCGUAAGAGGAAGCAUAAAUUGUGAUGCUCACAAAAAUCAUACAUAAAUCUGAAAAUUGUAAUUUCAAUUGCAAAUCUUCUUUUACGAAACGACUCUUGAAGACAGCAUAGAAGGAGAGAAGGUUGAAAAUGAGGAAAUUAGCUGGUGGAGUCUGUUUUACUGGCAGCAAUGCCGUAAAAUCAUAUUUAAUGCGCUUUUAAUUUAAUUCUUGCAUGAAUGGAAACGCAAUGUCUCAUUAAUAACAGAGACAAUUGGGAGGGAGAGGGAAUUUGCGGGAGGAUCAUUGCGACACGUUCCACAUUUUUGGCUUGACAAAUUCUAUAAUGUUAUUAUUAUUUAAAUAACAAAAAAAAACUUACAAAAUGCACGACUUUUUCGCAUGACUUUCACUUUGUGCGCGAUCGCCAGUGAUCGUCAACAAUGGAAUUUCCUAUUUUAUAUAUAGCACUAAUUUUGGCGCGCUUUUUCUCCAUACCCAGCGCACCAUUUGUUUGCACACCAUGCGUACUUUUGUGUGACCCCAAAAAUAGCCUCUGAGCACCUACGACACACCAAAGUUAGGAGCUUUUUUUCUUCUUCUUCACUCCGUGAUGCUCUUUUCCGUUUGUUUCCGUUUUAAUUUGCACCAUUUUGUGCGGUGCACACGCCAAAGCGCGUCCACCAAAGCAACGGAGGGAAAUCAAGAGUUGUGUGUCUGUUAUGUUCUCUCUCCGUGUGCAAUUUUCAAUCCAAGACGGGUGAAAAAAAAAAGCAAAAUAUUGCUUGCCAUAAAAAUGAGCUGUACCGCGCAUCCUAGAGGAGAUUUUGGCUAUGUUUGGACAUUUGGUGUGAAUUCUUUCGUGUGCGUGUGUGCAUUUGACGACAAUGACAUCGAGCUAUGAGCGAAUAAAGUCGGAAUGCAAGAAGAAAAAUCAACUGUGGGAGGAUCCGGACUUUCCGGCAGUACAGACAUCUGUUUUCUACCAUCAAACACCACCAUUUACAUUCCAAUGGAAACGACCGCAGGAGAUUCUUGCACAGCCAGUCUUCAUCAACGACUCCACCACACAAUUCGACAUCACUCCCGGCAAGAUGGGUGAUCGAUGGCUCGUCUCAUGCUUAGGGAUCCUCUACUUAUCUAAAGGACUCUUCUACCGCGUCGUUCCAGCAGAUCAGAGCUUCGAGACACCCUACUAUGGGGUUUUUCGCUUCCGGCUGUGGUGGUGCGGUGAAUGGGUGGAAGUUCUAGUCGAUGAUCGAUUACCAACGAUAAAUGGCAAGCUGGCAUUCCUACAGGCGCAGAAUUCAAAUAGUUUCUGGCCGGGUUUGCUGGAGAAGGCCUACGCCAAGUUGCACGGAAGCUACGAGGCCCUCAAGUAUGGGACACUCCUCGAUGGUUUGGCCGAUCUCACGGGUGGCAUAACCGAAUGCAUCCCCAUACGAGCUGAAAAUGUACCCAUUCGCCCUGCCAUCAUGUACAGCCUCCUCGAUACGACGAGUAUCGUGACAUGCACUGUAAAUAAUAGCACCAACUCCACCCAAAUCCGCAAUCAGCUCGAGAAGCUGCCCAGUGGCAUCUGUGUUGGCUCCAACUAUCGGCUGUGCUCAUUGGACAAGGCAGAAACCCUCAUGGGGGACUCUGUGCAGCUCGUCCGGCUGCGUGAUCCCAUGUCAUUGGGGAACUUUGGCAAUGGCGACGGCUACAACGGUGACUGGUCGUCGCUUUCAAAUUCCUGGGAGAGGGUUUCCGUGCAGGAACGUGAUCGUCUACUUGGGCAAUUGGAUAUUGGGGAUUUUUGGAUGUCUUUUGCGGAUCUCGCACAGAUCUUCACGCAUCUGGAGUGUGUUCACCUUGAUUCCGAUACUGCACGCGAUGAACCCUCCUUGUCGGAUAAAUCACGCAAAUGGCUGAUGCGUAUGUACCAGGGGGCAUGGAGGAAGGGUGUCACAGCCGGUGGAUGCCGCAACAACCCAGAUUCCUUCCACAUAAAUCCCCAGCUGCAGCUCUUCCUCAAUGACAAGGAGGAUGUGAUCAUUUCGCUGAAUCAACACAGCGUAAUGGAGCCCAAAGUUAUUGGGUUUACGCUGUACAAUUUGAGUACGGUGCAAAAUAAGAUCUCAGAGUGUCUCCCCAAGUCCUUCUUCAAGAAGCACAAAAGCCUCCAGAAUUCACAGUACACCAAUUCACGUCAAAUUAGUCAGCGAUGCUGCCUCGAUGCUGGACGCUACCUCAUCAUGGCGACAACAUUUGAACCAAUGGAGGAAUCUGCCUUCUCCGUACGUGUGCUGGGAUCCUCAAUUCGCCUGUCAUUGCUUGAAACGCAAACGAUGCUACUGCUGGACCCAUUUCCAUCGCUAAAUGCCUCACAGAAAAUCCAAGCAGAUCUCAGUGGUAGUGGUACGACGCAGUAUGAGCCUGUCUUCCUUCAACUGGCCGAUGAUCACAAAACAAUCAACUGUUAUGAUCUCCAGGAACUUCUCGAGGCAUGCCUUCCGAAUGAUUACAUCAAAUCCUGCGCAAGUUUGGAUGUUUGUCGUCAAGUUGUCUGCCUAAUGGACAAAACCAAUCGUGGCCGAAUUACAUUCACGGACUUUAAGGUAUUCAUGGUGAAUCUGAAAUCCUGGCAAGGGGUCUUUAAGAUUCACACAAAGGAGAAAUCAGGUAUCCUCCGUGCUGAACGCCUUCGUGAUGCUCUCUACGACGUUGGCUUCCAACUCUCAACGGAAAUCCUCUCAAUUUUGGUGCUACGCUACAUGCGACGCGACGGAACACUGCGUCUCGGUGACUACGUCUCUGCAAUUCUUCACCUCACAAUGGCAUUCGAAAUCUUCAAAAUGAAGGACCUAAAUCAAGAUGGUGUCAUCAAACUUGGUCUUGCAGAGUGGAUAAAAUCCGCCCUGAUGUGUUGAUCCGUUGCCUAAUCAUUUGUUAAUAAUUUAUAAAUUUUUAUCUGCCUUCCCUAUGAUUUUGAUAAUGAGACCAAUAAAAAUAACAAAUCUGA